GAAGCAAUUGCUAGUCUGAUCACCGGGACCCUGCUUGCCAAUCGCAGGCAUCAGGAGCAUUAUACCUCGACAGGGUUCUGGAGUAGCUCGCCUGCCAUGACAGGCCCAGGACGUUCACCUUCUUCGCCUUGGGUGCAGAGUGCUCAAGGUGGUCAUGAUGGUGGUGUCACACAAUCAUUCCAGCCUACCAUGUCACCAUCUAAUUCGGGCAUAACGUCGAGCGCUACUUUCACAGAACUAUCAAGUCCCAAUUAUUUCGGUAUGGCUGUUCCGCAGACUCCAGGGCUAUCUACACAGAAGAACUGGGGUACAUUGCCUCAUGCACAACCUUUACCGAGUCCAAAAUUACCCGUGUUUUCUCAAGAAUCGGUCUCAACCGGAUUAAUGAAUCUACUGAAGACCGAGCCUGAGACCAAUCGCAUACGUCGAGAGUCAGCUUUGCAUGAAUCCCCUUCCCCUCAGAUCACUUCAUGGUCAAAGUCUUCACCUUCACAUCCGUUGGGAAACAUUUCAUUCGGACAACCCGGUGGACUUAGGCUUAUGAAUGGCAAGAAUUCAGUGCACGCCCCGCAAGGUGAUAUCCUGGAUCCCCCGCCUGCAUCAUUUCCCUGGGUUUCACCCGAGCGCUGCGCCGCUCUUCUCGGAUCAUCUCAGUCAAAUAGUAUCAUGCUAUUUGAUGUUCGGCCAUUUGCUCAUUUCAGACAAGCCAAUAUCAAGGGAUCACUCAAUCUAUGCAUUCCUACCACCCUACUCAAGCGUCGAUCGUUUGAUACCCAAAAACUAGAAAGCACAUUCACAGACGAUGUUGACAAACAGAAGUUCGCUCGUUGGAGAAAGUGUGAGAUGAUCAUUGUCUAUGAUUCUGCGGCAGUUGAUUCGAAGGAUGUAUCACCGCUUCUGAACGUUCUCAAUAAAUUCCAGGUAGAAGAUUGGAAGGGAGAUGGGUUAAUCUUGCGAACCGGCUUUCAGGGGUUCUCAAGUCGGUUCCCACAUUUGAUUCAACGGCCACAAGCGCAGACAACCGGGCCACCUUCUAAACGUUCUGCUCCUAUGAGAAUCGAUCUCCAAUCUGUGGCCCCUGUCGUUGGUGGCUGUGCUCUGCCAGAAUCAUCCUCUGCCGUCAAUCCAUUCUUUGGAAAUAUUAGGCAGAACAUGGACUUGCUUGGCGGGGUUGGCCAAGUGACUUUGAAACAGCCCGAUCACUUGACUGAAGAAAAACGACGGCAACUUCCUUCCUGGUUGCAGGACGCUUCUGAUACCAAGGACCAAGGGCACAUUGUCUCGGACAAGUUCUUGGUCUUGGAGAAAACGGAAUUGGAACGCAUGAAACAAGCUUUAACCUACAAGGGAGAUGGCAAUGGCAGCAAGUAUCGCGUCGCAGGUAUCGAGAAAGGCACGAAGAAUCGUUACAACGACAUUUAUCCAUUCGAUCAUUCCCGCGUCCGCCUCGAAGGAAUCCCAGCUGGAGGCUGUGAUUACGUGAAUGCAAAUCACAUUUCAGCCGAAUUUACCAAUCGCAAAUACAUCGCUACACAAGCCCCCGUUCCUGAUACAUUUAAUGACUUUUGGCGCGUGGUAUGGGAGCAAGAUGUUAGACUCAUCGUUUCCCUCACUGCAGAAAUUGAGCGAGGACAGGUAAAGUGUCAUCGAUACUGGGAGUCUGGGAAAUAUGGACCAUUCGAAGUCAAGGCCUAUUCAGAAAAGCACAUCUAUGUCGAAUCCCAGGACGAAAAUAUUGAUUCAAUCAUCGGUAGUUCGGAGACAUUCACCAAACGAUCUGACGAUGCAAACGAAACCCCAGCUAUCAUUGUACGGCAUUUCAGCAUUUGCCAUACUUCAUUUCCCUUUCAACCACUUCGAGACAUCACCCAACUUCAGUAUCCUUAUUGGCCGGAUUUCGGAACAACAUCCCAGCCUACCCAUCUGCUCCAUCUGAUUGAACAAUGUAAUAAGGUCAUUCGUGCCACCAGCAAUUCCAGUUUUGGCAGCCAGCAAGCAGAACCGAGGGGUCAACGACCAGUCCUGGUACAUUGCAGUGCAGGGUGUGGGCGUACGGGGGCCUUCUGCACCGUCGAUAGUGUUUUGGACAUGUUGAAACGGCAACGUGCGCAAGCUACCGGUGGUGGAGGUCUGGAUCAAAACCCCAGUGAAUCUUCUGAGUGGAUCAAGGAUUACAAUCUUGACUUAAUCGCAAAGACUGUCGAAGAUUUCCGAAGACAAAGACCAAGUAUGGUACAGAAUCUGAGUCAAUUUGCGCUCUGUUAUGAGAGUGUGCUCGAAUGGCUCGCUUCUGAGAUGAAGUAG